AGCAGUUUAGGAGGUGACACCGGCUCUCCAGGGCAGUUAAAGGUCUGAGGACAGACUGGUCAGCUUUGUGAGAAAAUACAUCCACAUGGUUAUUUUUAUUGUACUUAGUUUACAGCACUUUGAUUAGGUUCCUGAAAAGGGCGAAUUAAGUUUGUACCUUGAGCUUUAAGGAAGCUGCGUACAAAUACAAUAGAACAAAAUAUUAAUCUUGAUAAUUGCCGAUCUGCAAUCUGUAAGAUGCACAUUGCUAUGUCACCUAAGGACCCUUGCCAGAAACAGGCCUGUGAAAUACAGAAGUGCUUACAAGCUCAUCAUUAUCAAGAAAGCAGAUGCCAGCAUGUAAUUGAAGAAAUGCACAAGUGCUGUAAGACAUUUGCAAAAAUAUCUGUUUGUUGUUCAGGGUUUUUGAAAGAAGAAGAAAAAAAAAGCUUACAGAUAUCUAAUUGUCAGUGAAUACAAAUCCUUUGGUCAGACCUCACUUUUAAAGAUUGCCAAAGUACUGCACCAGACCUCGAUUAUAGCUGUAUCACUAUUAACCAUGGGGAUUUGGAAAGAGGACAGUCCUUAAAUCUGCUCUCAGUCAAAUGUUAAAUCUGAAGUGUACAGAAUGGCACAAAAGUGAAUUAAAUAACAUAGUAUAAUUUUACGUUU